AUGCUUCGGGCGGGAGCCUCCUCGCUCGCAGCCGCGGCGCCAUGUGUGCCAUGGAGCUUCCUGGUCUACGGUAUCCUGGCCCUGUCGCUCCUGAGGCAGGCCGGCCGGCUGCUGCACCGGCUGUGGUGGCGUCCCCGGCGGCUGGAGCGCGCACAGGGCCUGGGCGGCACCCCGCACCGCCUCCUGGCGCGCGACCUCAGGGAGAACGCCCGGAUGAACAGGGAGGCGUGGUCGAGGCCCCUGCCGCUGCGGUGCCACGACAUCGCGCCCCGCGUCGCGCCGUUCCUCUGCAGGAACGUCCGGGAGCACGGGAAGCAGGCGUGCCUUCUCUGGUUCGGCCCGGUGCCCAGGGUGGUCGUCGCCGACCCGCAGGUGGCCAGGGACGUGCUGUCCAACAAGUUCGGGCACUUGGAGAAGCCCAAUUUCCCGGCACUGACCAAGCUGCUCGUCGAUGGCGUCGCGGGCCUCGAGGGCGAGAAGUGGGUCAAGCACAGGAGGAUCCUCAACCCCGCAUUCCAUGUCGAGAAGCUCAAGAGUAUGCUGCCGGCGUUUUCCGCGUGCUGCGACGAGCUGGUUAGCAACUGGGUGGAGUCUGUGAAGAGCUCCGACGGUUGGUAUUUGCCGACCAAAAACAACAGGAGGAUGCACGAAAUCAACAACGAAGUCAGCUCGCUCUUACGAGGAUUGAUCGAGAAACGGAUGCAGGCCAUGAAAGAAGGCGAGAGCCACGGCAAAGACGACUUGCUGGGUCUGUUUCUCGAGUUAAACAUGAGAGACACGGACGAGCAUGGGCAGUCCAGCCUGGGGAUGACAAUCGAAGACGUCAUCGAGGAGUGCAAGCUCUUCUACUUCGCAGGAAUGGAGACCACGUCCGUGCUGCUCACCUGGGCAAUGGUCCUGCUAUGCAUGCACCCGGAGUGGCAGGACCGUGCGAAAGAGGAGGUCUUUGGCCUGUUCGGGAAAAACAAGCCGGAAUAUGAUGGCCUCAGCCGUCUCAAAAUUCUGACGAUGAUCCUUCACGAGGUUCUCCGGCUGUACCCUCCGGCUAUCGCGAUCAGCCGGAAGACAUACAAGGAGAUGGAGAUCGGCGGCGUUAGGCCACGCACCUGCAUCGGCCAGAACUUCGCGCUGCUCGAGGCCAAGAUGGCUCUGAGCAUGAUCCUUCAGCGGUUGGAGUUCGAGCUCGCGCCAUCCUACACUCAUGCGCCACACACCGUGAUCACACUGCACCCGAUGCAUGGGGCACAGAUUAAGCUCAAGGCGGUGGUCUGA